ACAAAAUGCGUGGAGUAGAAAAAGGCCCUUUUGUGAGGAAACGGAUUCAACGAGUGAUUUUGGUGUCUGCCACUGCCAUUGUUGCAGCUUCGAUUGCGUUUAUUGGGCUUCGAAUCGAUAUGAUGCAGAGCUCAGGCAUCUUGUUGUCGGCGUCGUCCUCGAAAGCUUUCGCUGGUUCUGUUCUUCCUCUCCGUGUUAGCUCUGUCUUCACGCCUGCGAAUCCCUCCACCGAUCGUUCUUCCAUGGCGGCUCCCUCCACCGGUCCCAAGUGGGCGCAGAAGACCAUCACUCUCCCGCCGCAUCGCCGUGGUUGCCAUCUUAUCACUCCUAAGAUUGUGAAAGAAAUAGGGCAAGACUUGUCAGAGUUCAAGUGCGGCCUUGCUCAUGUUUUCUUGCAACACACGAGUGCUUCUCUCACGAUCAAUGAGAACUACGACCCUGAUGUUCAAGCAGAUACUGAAACCUUCUUGAACAGGAUUGUUCCAGAGGGGAAUUCAGCACCUUGGAGGCAUACAAUGGAAGGUCCAGAUGACAUGCCAGCCCAUAUAAAAUCAUCGAUGUUUGGUUGCCAACUCACAGUCCCUAUAACGAAUGGGAAACUGAAUAUGGGGACUUGGCAGGGGAUAUGGCUGUGCGAGCAUCGCGAUGCACCCACAGCCAGAAGGGUGGUGGUCACCCUCAAUGGAAUCUAACGGAAACAAAAAGUUUGCAGCUUUAUGAUUCUCUCAUCAUCUCUUGUCUUGGAAUUGCGAUCAGGUCGGUUUUGUAACGAUUAUCAAUCAGUUUGUCAUAAUGAGACAAUGCCCUUGUCCUCCUGAACACUCGUGGUGUAUAUUUCCUUUUUUUUUUUUUUUUUUUUUUUUUUUUUUGGUAUCAAAAGCUGUAUUUGCGCCGUAGGGCCGGGCGUCGCAUCUGCGGGUAUCUGAAAUUCGAGAACCCGAGUCACGGCAAGCAUUAAGUCGGGUUCCACGGGUUCAAGUU